AUGGACGCCUCACAAGUGGUCGAGGCAGUCUCCAUUCUCUACACGGAUCCCUCCCCGGAUCGCAAGUCCCAGGCCAACGCAUGGCUCACCUCCUUCGCCGCAACCCCCGCCGCAUGGGGCGUCGCCGCGAGUCUCGUCGAGUCAGCGCAGUCAAUGGAAGUCCGUUACUUUUGCGCCAAUCUCCUUCUUUCGAAAGCGCGCUCCGAUCUCUCCGCUCUCCCCCCAGACUCGGGCGCAGAGCUCGGCGCGCAUUUGCUGCGCCUCGUCGCGUCUUACAUGACCAAUAGCAGCGUGCCACCUGUCGUCCUCUCGCGCGUCUGCCUCGUCGUGGCGGCGGUCGCGCUGCGAUCGGCCAAUCAGCAUGCGCUGAAUGCCAGCACGCUAUUGGACGUCGUGCUGCGCGCCGCUGACGUGGCGGAGAAGAGCGAGGGGGGAUCUGGCGCGCAAGGGCUGGGAGGAGGGGGAGGGGGACGGGGAAGCGCAAGCGACCAGGCGCUGGCGGUGGUGGUGGCGGUGCUGCAGGGGGUGGCGGAAGAGGCGGAGCAGCUGGACCGGCGCAACACAGAGAUCACCCUCGCGCUCAUCCGGACCCGCUUUCCAGAUCUACUGCAGAUCAUCCAGACCUACUCGCAGCGCCACAGCCCCUCCCUCUCCUCCCCCUCCUUCCCCCCGCACCUCCCCCCGCACCCCCCACCCAUGCUCUCCGCCUUCCUCCGCCUGCUGCUCACCUGGCUGCACCUCGACUUCGCCUCCGUGGCCCAGCAGCCAAUCACAGCGUGCCAGCUCAGCACCGCCUUCCCCUUCCUCUGGCACUUUGUUCUCCGCUCGCUCGCAUCGCCCCACCCGCCUGUCGCUGCCACCAGCGCCGAUAUCCUGGUGGCCCUCGUCGGCCAAUCAGAGGCCCAAGGCACACUCAGGCACAUGGUCACACGAGGCCAGGCGUGCAGUGAAGAGGGGUUGAGUGCCGUGGCAGUGGCCGUGGCAGAGGAGCACCCAGAGGCGCUCACAUGCAUCCCUCCCCUCCCUUCCCCCCUUCCCCCGUUCCCACCUUCCCUCCCCCAGCACCAGAUGCGCACACUCAGGCACGUGGUCACACGAGGCCAGGCGCGCAGUGAAGAGGGGGUUGAGCGCCGUGGCAGUGGCCGUGGCAGAGGAGCACCCAGAGGCGCUCACAUGCCUCCCUCCCCUUCCCCCUCCCCCUUAUCGUCCCCAGCACCAGACGCAGCAGCACCAGUCAUUUCGUCCAUUCUGAAAGCUCUCCUUGACGCCUGGGACGUGGCGCAGGCACAGUCAGGCCAAUGGACACACGAGGCCAGGCGCGCAGUGCAGAGGGGGUUGAGCGCCGUGGCAGUGGCCGUGGCAGAGGAGCACCCAGAGGCGCUCACGGACCCGCGUGCGCCCGAGGGCGUGGCUGUGGGGGAGGUCGUGCUGGCGUGCGCUGCAGGGGGCGGGGGAGCGUGGGGGGGAGGGGAGGGCGGGGAGGGGGAGAGCGCGGAGGAGGUGGAGGCGAGUGCAGACGGGGUGGUGGAGUUCUUUUCAGCUGUGAAUAUAGUGCCGGUGAAUGAGCGCAGUGAGGGGUACCGAGGGGCGCUCUUCCUUCGCCUCGCUGAAACCCUCACAACCAAGGUGGGUGGGCUCGUGUGCUUGGAUGGGGGAGGGGAGGGGAGGGGAGGGGAGGGGAGGGGAGGGGAGGGGAGGGGAGGGGAGGGGAGGGAGGGGAUGGGAGGGGAGGGGAGGGAGGGGAUGGGAGGGGAGGGGAGGGAGGGGAUGGGAGGGGAGGGAGGGGAUGGGAGGGGGGGGGGAGGGGAGGGGAGGGGAGGGAGGGGAGGGGAGGGGAGGGGAGGGGAGGGGAGGGGAGGGGAGGGGAGGGAGGGGAUGGGAGGGGAGGGGAGGGAGGGGAUGGGAGGGGAGGGGAGGGAGGGGAUGGGAGGGGAGGGAGGGGAUGGGAGGGGGGGGGAGGGGAGGGGAGGGGAGGGAGGGGAGGGGAGGGGAGGGGAGGGGAGGGGAGGGGAGGGAGGGGAGGGAGGGGAUGGGAGGGGAGGGGAGGGAGUGGAUGGGAGGGGAGGGGAGGGAGGGGAUGGGAGGGGAGGGAGGGGAUGGGAGGGGGGGGGAGGGGAGGGGAGGGGAGGGAGGGGAGGGGAGGGGAGGGGAGGGGAGGGGAGGGGAGGGGAGGGAGGGGAGGGGAGGGAGGGGAUGGGAGGGGAGGGGAGGGGAGGGGAGGGGAGGGGAGGGGAGGGGAGGGGAGGGGAGGGGAGGGGAGGAGGGGGCAGUGUGAGUGCUGAUGCGGUGAUGCAUCAAUUGACUGCUGCCUAUCCGCCAUCGUUCACAUCGUGGGCUGACAACCAGGAGGAUGCUGACGCCUUCUACCGCUUCAGGGACCAGCUAGCAGCGGAUGGGCUGCACAUGGCGUUUUGGCUGCUGCCAGUGGAGUAUAUGGACCGCGUGGGCAGCUCCCUGCAGAGCGCAGGCACAUGGCAGGCAGCAGAGGCAUCGCUCUUCAUGCUGCGAUCCGCUGCACAGGCAGUGAAGAAGCGGCUACUUAACCUGGAGGCGUAUGGGGAGAGGGAGCAGCGCAUGGCAGCAGUGCUGGGAGGGGUGAUGGUGCGCGUGAGCCGGGAUGCAGAGACGGGGGGGUUCCUGGCGUCGCACCCCCUGCUGGUGGACACGUGUUGCCUCCUCAUUGGCUCCUUCGCUGACUGGCUCAACCUGCAGCCCGACUGCCUGCUGGGCGUCAUUGGAUACCUCCUUAAAUCCCUGCAGGUACCAGAGGCAGUGCGCAGUUCAGCAGGUGCAUUCAGAGCCGUGUGUGCCCGCUGUGCACCCUGCCUCAACGCCCCCUCCCUCCUCCAACACCUCAUGACUGCCACGCUCCCCGCGCUCCCCUCCACCUCCCUGCCUUCAAACCCCCUCUCCACCACCCCCCCAGGUACCAGAGGCAGUGCGCAGUGCAGCAGGUGCAUUCAGAGCCGUCUGGCGGCACAGCUGGCGCAGAUGCAGACAAACGAGACCAGUGGGUUUGGAUCGAGCAGUGAUGGUGGUGGGAGGAGUAGCACGGGUGGUGGGAUUGGUGCGGUUGGGAGUGGUGGGAGUGGGGGUGAGGGGGUGGGAGAGUCGCUGUCGACGCAGCUACUGCUGCUGGCUGCGGCUGUGCGUUUUCUUGAGUUUGACGACGCCUUGAGACGCAUGCCGCCCUCCCAGCAACAACAACACCACCACCAACAACAACAGCACGAAGCACUGAGGAACGGAGGGGCGCACACACCGGAACAGUUACAAUCACAGAACCACCAACAGCAGCAGCAGCAGCAGCAGCACCCGUGCAUAGCAGUAAUGGAAGCAGCAGCACCACUGGUCUCCGAUCUCCUCUCCUCCCCCCGAUGGCGCUCCCACCCGCAAGUCAUCACCGCCCUCUGCCACCUCUUCCGACACUCCCUGCUCUGCCUCAAGCACCCCUCUCCACCCAUCCUGCCGUCCAUCGCACCGCUCGUCACCGCAUUCGAGGAGCACCAGCACCCGGCAGUACUGGAGGUGCUGGCUUUGGUGCUGGAGCUCAGUGCUUCAGCAGCGUCUGCUGGGGGUGCAGCUGGGGAUCUGUCUAUCUGUCACUCCGCCCUGCAGGCCUGCUCCAUCAGUGCAUUCUCGCUCAUUCAGAGAGGCCAUCUCCCCCACCGCCCAGAGGUCCUCUCAGCCCUCUUCGACAUGGCCUAUCGCUACCUGCUCUUCGCGCCACACCUACUGCUGCAGGCGCCCUUCCUGGGGGCGCUGCUGGACGACGCUGCAGCGACAGUGGCACACGGGGAGAGGGAUUCGGCUAAAUCAGCGCUAACACUGCUGUGCUUCCUGCUCUCCCCGGGGAAGAAAGCGCUCUCGUCCCCCGCCUGGAUCAGUGCCCAACCCGUGAUUAUAACGAGUCUGCAGCACCAGGGCCAACCAGUCGUCUCCUCCCUCCUCCUAGCAGCAGCCGGAAAAGCCCCCAGAGACCUACUCAGACCCAUCGCCACCGCUCUCUACCACCUCAUCCUCUUCCCGGACCUCCACCCGCUCCUCCCCAACUGGCUGGUUACCGCGUUACGUUCACCGGACUUCCAACAGGGCGUGCCAGAGGCGGUGGGGGAGGGGGAGAUGCAGCUGUUCUGUGAGUUG